GGGGGGGGGGGGGGGGGUACGUUGAGGCUGCAGCAGCAAAGCAAUCGAGGCAAUGGCGGCACAACGACUCCCGAGUGGCGAGAAGCUGCAGGCGCUGAGGGACACCGCCAAUCGCCUGCGAAUCCACUCCAUCCGAGCGACCUGCGCCUCCAACUCGGGCCACCCAACAUCAUGCUGCAGUGCUGCAGAGAUAAUGUCCACGCUCUUCUUCUACGGCAUGAAGUAUAAGGCGGAUGACCCCGGCAAUGUCAAUAACGACCGCUUUGUGCUAUCCAAGGGACAUGCUGCGCCCGUGCUGUAUGCCACCUGGGCUGAGGCUGGAUAUAUCGCAGAGUCGGACCUCUUGAAUCUCCGCAAGAUUGACUCUGAUCUGGAGGGACAUCCUACACCUAAACUUUCGUUCGUGGAUGUGGCGACGGGCUCCCUGGGUCAAGGGCUUGGCGCUGCCUGUGGGAUGGCUUACACUGGGAAGAACUUCGACAAAGCCAGCUACCGCGUCUACUGCCUCCUUGGCGAUGGGGAAUCAUCGGAGGGCUCUGUGUGGGAGGCCAUGGCCUUUGGUUCCCACUACAACCUGGAUAACCUGGUGGCCAUCUUCGACGUGAACCGCCUGGGACAGAGCGAGGCUGCCCCCCUGCAGCACAACUUUGACGUCUACAAAAGCCGUUGUGAGGGUUUCGGAUGGAAUACGCUGGUGGUGGAUGGUCACAGUGUGGAGGAACUCUGCCAGGCCCUGCUGACUGCCAGCCAGACCAAGGGGAAGCCCACGGCCAUCAUUGCAAAGACCUUCAAAGGAAAGGGCAUUCCUGGUGUUGAGGAUCAGGACAACUGGCAUGGCAAACCCAUUCCCAAGGACAAGGUGGAGGAGGUUGUGCAGGUCAUCCAGAAGAAGAUUUCCAACGCAACGAAGCUGUGUCCAGAACUUCCCACCGAAGAUGUACCUGUGGUGGACGUGAGCAACGUCAAACUGUCUUCACCUCCUUCCUACAAACUGGGAGAUAAGAUCUCAACGCGUAAGGCGUAUGGGGUGGCCCUCAACAAACUGGGCCACGGGAACAGCCACGUCAUUGCCCUCGAUGGAGACACCAAGAACUCAACCUUCUCCGACAUGUUUCGCAAGGACUUCCCUGACCGCUUUAUCGAGUGCUUCAUUGCCGAGCAGAACAUGGUGAGCGUGGCUAUUGGCUGUGCGGCACGCGGUCGCACUGUGCCCUUUGCCAGCACGUUCGCCGCCUUCCUGUCCCGCGCAUACGACCAGAUCCGCAUGGGCGCAAUUUCCCAGACCAACGUCAACUUCUGCGGCUCUCACUGCGGAGUCUCCAUCGGUGAGGAUGGGCCCUCUCAGAUGGCUUUGGAGGACCUGGCCAUGUUCCGCGCCAUCCCCACCGCUACCGUGUUCUACCCCUCGGAUGGCGUAUCGACCGAACGUGCUGUCGAGCUUUCUGCCAACACCAAGGGCAUCUGCUUCAUCCGUAGCAGCCGCCCCGACACGGACAUCCUCUACGCCAACGAUGAGAAGUUUGAGAUCGGCAAGGCCAAGGUGGUGCUGAAGAGCGACAGUGACAAGGUGACGGUUAUCGGGGCGGGAGUGACGCUGCACGAGGCUUUGGCGGCCGCUAAGACGCUCGCAUCCGAGGGUCUGAACGUGCGCGUGAUCGACCCGUUCACGAUCAAGCCCCUGGACAAGAAGACGAUUGUCGAGAACGUAAAGGCCACUGGAGGCCGCGUGGUGGUGGUUGAGGACCACUACCCCGAGGGGGGCCUGGGCGAGGCGGUGUGCGCCGCCGUGAGCUCCCAGCCCGGCAUUGUAGUGCGCCACCUGGCCGUGCCACGCGUGCCCCAGAGCGGGAAACCCACAGAGCUGCUCGAACUCUUCGGCAUCAGCGCCUCGCACAUCGUCGCCACCGUCAAGGCCUUCGUCUUGGGAAACUGAAGUAGCGGCAGGCGCUGGUCAUCGCGCUGCCCACCCCACACCCCGGCUUUGACACAAUUCCUUUUUUUUUUGUCACAAGAUGAGCCACUCUUUGUAGUACAAAGAGGUUGAAUGUACGCAGACCUUAGCGCUUAUAGUAAACUAAGUUGUCCACAUUCCUUGUGCGUUCAGUUUCUACAAUCAGGCGAGUCUUGGCGAAAUGCAGCUGUUGGUCAUUUACCAGUUGGUCUUAAUUUGUGUUACGUUUGUGUAGUUGUGCGAGCACUUGAUACUUUUUCAGAAAAUGUUUGACCCAAAGGGUGAAAUUCCGAUACGUUUUUCUGAACUGGACAGAUUUGCAUCGGACUUGAAAUGACCAAAUAGUAAGAUUCCACCAUUAAACUGUUGUGCCCUGUUAGUCUUCUAGCCCUGCUUGGGGGUGUUUGUGCACUUGCUGUUAUUUGGCCUUCAAAUGAAUAAUUCUUGCCCACUGAUCGGUGACCAAUAAAGUGAUUAAGUAAU